CUCGCGGACUCGGGGCUCGUACCAACAGGAAAAAAGGCCCAGAGGCAGUGCCGUGACCGAUUCGAGACGCAAGAGAAGGAUCGAGACGAGGCGGCGGUUUUCCGGGGCAGCAUCGUCUCGGCCACGAAGAUGUCUUACUCAAGGGGCUCAAGGUAUGGAUCUCGCUCACCUUACUCGAGAAGCACAAGGUACCGAAGUCGCUCUAGGAGUGUCGACUCUAGUGAUGCUGAAAACCCUGGGAACAACCUGUAUGUGACUGGUUUGUCGGCUCGUGUAACGGAUCGAGAUCUGGAGAAGCACUUCUCCACUGAGGGUGAGGUGAUUGAUGCAAGCGUUGUGUAUGAUCCUUGGACAAGGGAAUCACGGGGGUUUGGUUUUGUUACCAUGGCUGCUGUUAAAGAUGCAGAUCGCUGCAUCAAAUAUCUGGACCGUUCUGUGUUGCAAGGUCGGGUCAUAACUGUUGAGAAGAUUUUGUUGACAGCAACAGGGUAGAUGUUGGUAGCUGCUCUGCAACAAACUGAUACAACCUAACACCAAACCAUGCCAACCUCAGCCAAAGGGCAAAGAGAAGACGAGGUAGAACCCCAACACCUGGGAAGUAUCUUGGCACAAAAUCAUCCCGUGGACGGAGGUACUCCACAAGCUACUCACCUGAUCGGAGGGGCCGUUACAGUUCCCGCUACUCACCUGAUCGGAGGGACUGUCAUGGUAGAGACCGGUCAUACUCUCCAUAUGACAGAAGGCGAUCAUACUCUCCUUACGGCAGGGAUGAAUCAUAUUCCCCUUACUAUGGCCGGCGAUCAUACUCACCUUACUACAGCAGACGGUAUCGUUCAAGGUCCCCAUACUGCUACAGAAGACGCAGGUCACCUUCUGUUUCGCCAUACUACCGCCGGCACAGGUACAGAUCUGUCUCCAAGUCAUCCAGUUCAUCUCCAAGGGCCAGAGGACGGAGCUAUUCGUGCAGUUUAUCACCACAGAGAAGCUACUCGCGCAGCCAUUCCCCAGAAUCCGAGAGAUCAACAAGCUAUUCUCCUAAGAAAGGGAGUAAAAGGGAACCCUCGCGUAGCAGAUACUCUGGCAAGAGUCGUCAUUCAAGGGAAAGCCACUCUCAUAGCCGCAGUUCGUACUCCAGGUCUGUGUCCAGGGAGCGCUCAGCUUGAUCUGCGAGGUGUGUCGUCCUAGGUGGUUAUAAGAUAUGCGCUGUAUUUGCAUCUAUCAGAACUUGUGUACUUCGUAUAUUACGAACUUGAGAACUGUAUGGAUGUGUGCAUUGUGCCAAAUUAUGUUCAUUC